CGACCCCGUCUUCCGGGACACUCACUUAUGCAGGUGUGAAGUACAUAUUAAUUAAUCCUACCCACCAACUAUUGCUAGAUCUUCUACCGACUCUUCUAACUUAGCCUAAGCCCACCAUGCCGACUGCUAUCGUGACGGGAGCUAACUCGGGCAUCGGGUUUGCCUUCACCCAGCUCCUUAUUCGAAAGGGAUAUUCUGUCACCGCUGUUGAUGUGAAUGUCGGCGAUAAGAUCAAUUCGCUGGGAUGUGCAACCGCGCAAGUGGAUGUCUCAAAUCCGGCCUCAAUCGCCGCCUUUAAGGAGACUUACGGCUUUGGGUCUAUCGAUCUCCUGCUGAAUAUCGCUGGUGUUAUGCCACCGCAUGAUGACGAUGCGUUGUCGGCUAUUUCACACGAUACGCUCGCCAAGGUGUUCGGCGUGAAUACCUUCGGACCACUCUUGUUCACUCAAGCUCUGCUCCCGAAUUUACUCCUGUCGAAGAGCCCGAAGCUGGGGGUCAUGUCUAGCCGUAUGGGAAGUAUCGCGGAUAACUCCUCCGGCGGCUCGUACUCGUACCGUGCUAGUAAAGCUGCUGUGAAUAGCGUGUUCAAGAGCUUGGCUGUGGAUUUGAAGGACAAGGGGGUUGCGGUUGUGAUUAUGCAUCCUGGUAUCGUGAGGACGAAUAUGACUGCUGGGAUGGAGGGGAUUGAGGGCGCGGCUGGGCCGGAGGAGGUAGUGGAGAAGUUGUAUGAGGUGCUGGAUAGCAAGGGGUUAGAAGAUACGGGCAGGUUUUGGCAUAGGGAUGGGUAUGAGUUGGAGUGGUAAGGGGGAAGCCGCACGGAAUACCUACCUAGAUUGCUAA